UCUUGCCCAAAGCUUAAUUGCUUUCCUUAAGCUUUCCAACUUUAGCAACUUCAACUUUGUAAGUAGAUCUUGGCGAGCCGUAGAUCUUCGAAGAAACGGAAGGGAAUGCUUAACAUGCUGAUCUCAAAUUUCAAUACCAUUCCAUGGCGUUCAUCGGAGAGGAAGGAAAAUUUAUGUUGGUUCAUAGCGUGAGUAUAAAGCUGAGAAAGGGAAUUAGCAGCGCUACAGAAAGUCAAAUACAUGGUUCGAUCUACCUCAUCAAGGCUCGAUGCUAGAGACUUCCUUUUCUUCCCCAUCUUCAAUCUUUCACAGGAACCGUCUCCUUCUAAUCCCUUAAACUUGUCUUUUUCAACCGGUUUCGAUAACCCAAGAAAAUCUCAGGCGAAUUUUGGGUAGAUUUCGACGAGUUUCGCGGCAGAGGUUGGUGUGAAAUUGUAUUUGUAAGCAAUUUGGGGCGCGAAAAUAGUAAUCGGCAUUGGAUUACGAAAAGUUUGGCCAGAUCUGGUUGUGUGGUGGCCAGAUCUAGUACUUCACUGCUAAUCUUCUGAUUACUUCACUUUAUUGUGUUUCAGAUAAAUCAAAUUGGCUCACUUUGUUAUGUUGAGAGAGUAUGCCCUAUUUUGUACGAGCUUUCAUGUUAUUAGCUCCUUUAAAAAAUCUGCUUGUAGAUAUGGUGAAGGAUCUCCUAGUGCAAGUUACUGUGUAGAGAUUAGUAUUAUUUUGAUUUUAACCUUAAGCCCCCAUUUGGUGCCCAAUCUGUUGAUGUAUUCUUCCUUUCACCUUCUUGGCUGCCUUUAGUCGGGCAAGUUGUAGUUCUGAAUUUGGUUGUGCUGUUGCAGUGGAGGUUGGAAAAGGAAAGAAAAAUAGUGAUGGUAUGCGGUGGAGAUGAAGACGGGUGAGGAAGAAAGUAUAUGUGAUUUCGCCGGAAAAAAUGGCGAUGACACCGGCAAUGGCUUUCUUUUGGUCGUGAAAUAUGGAAAAUAGGUAGAAUUAGAAAUGCCAAUAAUAAAUUAAAAUGUUAUUAUUUUACAUUUUAUUAAAUAAUUUUGGUUAAUAAUUUUUAAGAAUAGUUAUGAAAUAAUUAUGAUGUGGCAUUAAUAUAUCUGACGUGGAUAUGACAUGUCAAUUACAUAAAGGAGAGUGAGUUACACACAUGGUUGGAGGGGCUUAAAAGUCUCAUUUUAAUUGAGUUUAAGGGUCCAGAUGACAAAGACGCAAGUAAAAAGGUUCAGAAUACAAACUGAUACAAGUAUAAGGGUCCACCAGACCAUUUCGCCUUCAUAAAAUGCAAGCCCACCAGCGUUAUUGUUAUCAAAUUUUUGUGACACCUGUAAAGGGUGACAAUGGAGUCCUCGUGAAGCAACCACGUAUCCAACAAUACUCAACGGAAAAAGACAUCUAAUACUGCAAAUAAAAUUGGUGGAACUCUGAUUCUGAGCAGCAGAAGUUAAGUUAAAUCAAUUAAUGGCGGUGGGAAGAGGUGGCAGAACCUUUAUGGGACCAUUGUUGGUCAUAAACUUAGUAGUUUAUUUAAUAGUACUAGGACUUGCUGGCUGGUCACUUGACAAAUACAUUGAUGGCGAACAGAAUCAUCCUCAUUUAGGUGGGAAUCCAUCAACAAGUUUUAUGUUGAUUUUUGCAUUAAUUGGGGGAGUAAUGGGUGCUUCCUCUAUGCUAGCUGGGUUUUUUCAUCUCCGAAAAUGGACUAGUCACAGUUUGGUUAGUGCUGCUUCUUCAGCUAUAAUCUCUUGGGCCAUUACUGCUCUUGCUUUUGGCCUUGUUUGCAAGCAGAUAAUAAUGGGAGGUCACCGAGGAAAACGCCUGCAAACUUUGGAAGCGUUGAUCACCAUAGCUAUGGUGAGUCAAUUACUCUAUAUACUACUGUUGCACGCUGGGAUUUUUCGCAGCAGGUAUGGCCCUGUUUAUGGUUCCUAUGGACCUCAGCACUAGCUCGCUCAACUCGGUCUCCCUUGGUCCAGCUCUGAAAUUGCUCCUCCAUGAUUAAAAUACCAAAAUUGUUUACACCAGUUAAAUACAUCCAGCACCGUUGUGGAUUGCUUAGAAUGUUAUUAUGCAGAUUAAACUCAAUCUUGUACAGUAAAGAUACUUUAGCAUCUCAAGUGUUUUUGCUUCAAUGUAGUGGUUUAAAAGACCUACAUCUCACUCUAAUUUUCAUCGACUGUCACAGUAAGAAAUAGAUGUACAUGAAAUCUGGGUUCAUGGGGAAUUCGGAACAUUUGGUGAAAGGGUUAUAAUUCUUGUAUUGAAAUGUUAGGUUUACUAGAGUUCAUAAACCAGAUUUUCGCUAGUGUGUUGUGUGCGGGAGAACGGUUCUACUGGCACUGGAAUUCCAAUAUAAGCAACAAUGAAGAAGGCAGAAUUAGGCUAUUCACAAUAUAG